GACUCGGCAAAAUUCGAUACAGUCACAUCAUGCAAUGCAUAACCCGAGGGAAAAUUCAGUAGAGUUUAUUAUGACAGUUAACACUUCGAUGCUCAUUGACUCGAGAUAAAGCAGAUAAAACCACAGGGAUUAAGCAUAUUAUGCGCUGAUUGUUUACAUAAAACAAGGGAUUGGUGGAGGAGGUGUCCAUUGAGUUGCUAAACAGAAGACACACUGUUGAUGUGUAUACCUCGCAGCUGUCUUGCGCCGGCUUCUUGUCUGAUCACGGAAAAAAAUGCCACUUGAAACGUUGUCAAAGAGCUACGAAGCUUACGAGAAAUCAUUUCAAUCCUUUUUGGACCACUCUACUGCCAGACAGUCGAUUGUGAAAUGCGUACAAGGUGGAACGAAGCGAGCGCUUAUGGAGAUUAGCGACAAGAAUAGGCCCUUUAGGAUUUUAGGAAUUGGUAGCGGAAAAGGUGAAAUGGAUGUACUGAUGAUCCACUCCGUAGCAGCUCAUUUUAAAGCUAACGAAACUGAGACCAAGCCUGCUAUCCACAGCGUAGUUGUGGAGCCAAGCUCAUUUCUUUUGGAAAAGUUUAAAGAAUCUGCCUCGUCAAUGCCAGCUUCGCUGACAGCAUUAGCUGAGGUAUCGUUUGAAUGGCGGCAGAUGACAUUUCAAGAAUACCAGCGCCUAAUCGCUGAUGACAAGAGCAAACCAAGACAAGACUUCAUCCACUUUAUCCACAGCAUUUAUUACAUGGAUGCCGAAGAUGCCCUCCAAUCGUGCUUCGAAAAAUAUCUGGGAGAAAAGGGAGCCAUCUUAUGUCUUGUCCAAACCGAAGCUUCCUUCUUUGCUAAAGUGCAGAGGAAGUUUAAAGGAAAGCUAACCUUUGGAUCUGAGGAUAUGACCAUCUACACCAAAGAGGACCUCGCCACGAUAGCCACGAGGAGUACUGGCUGGUCGUAUGAUGAAAUAACACAAGAGUUUUCUAUUGACAUAACCAAGUGUUUUGGAGAGCCUUCAGAAGAGAGUGAUCUGCUCUUAGACUUUUUGACUCAUCAGAAAAACUUUAGAGUCACUGCAGAUCGGGCUUUGAAGGACGAAGUCAUGGAUUUCUUUCGAGAGUCAAUGGUGACGGACGAAAGUGGAGGAAAAUAUUUGAAAGCGGAAAUGGCGGCUGUGGUGAUUCAUAAGUAACUCUAUUGAAAGAGGUUGGAAUGACAGGUCACAUUAAUUCUGCAACCUUAGUGGGGUAACGAGACAUAUAAACGAAAACGCGAUGGUUAUAUCCAUUUAGGGCAUCUGUUUCAAAACGCAGUUUAUUAUAAAUAUACCGAAGAUAUACCAGGAUUUUUUCUUUUACUAAAAAAUCAUAUCUCCAUCGCGUGCUGUGAAGAUACUAUUUUUAUCUUCACGUGUUAGGUUAUUGGUGUCGCCAUGGUUACUAACAUGAUUAUACUAUUUUUACAUUAGAAUUUUGACGUUUUGGAACAGAAAAUAUAAAAAUAUAAGUACUAUUGUCUUUAUUUCUCCUUUAUAACUUUAUAUCCG